CUCUCUCCUCUGUGUGUUAUAGUUCUCGUUUCCUCUCAGGUCACCUCGGAGGAGGAUGUGUCCGGCGCUCUCUCUCUGGCCCGGGAGCGGUUCGGUCGGUUGGACCUGCUGUGAGCUGUGCUGGCAUCGCGGUCGCAGUGAAGACCUUCAACCACAAGAAGGGACAACCGCACAGCCUGGAAGACUUCCAGAGAGUCAUCAACGUGAACAUCGCCGGCACCUUCAAUGUGAUCCGGCUGGCAGCCGGGGAGAUGGGCAGGAACGAGCCAGACCACGACGGGCACAGAGGGGUGGUGAUCAACACAGCCAGCGUAGCAGCCUUCGAUGGGCAGGUUGGCCAGGCUGCCUACUCUGCAUCGAAGGGGGGCAUUGUGGGAAUGACUCUGCCCAUCGCCCGUGACCUCGCCCCCAUGGGGAUCAGGGUCGUUACCAUAGCGCCAGGUCUGUUUGCCACCCCCCUGCUGGCUGGCCUCCCUGAGAAGGUGCGCACGUUCCUGGCCAGGCAGGUCCCGUUCCCGAGCCGGCUGGGAGACCCCUCGGAAUACGCACACCUGGUGCAGAGCAUCGUGGAAAACCCCAUGAUCAACGGAGAGGUGAUCCGACUGGACGGAGCCAUCCGCAUGCAGCCCUGAGACGCCAGCAACACGCGAAGAGGAGGAGAGGGGGGAGAGGAAGGAGAGGAGAGGGGGAGGAGAGAGGGAGAGGAGGAGAGGGGGGAGAGAGAGGGAGAGGGAGAGGAGGAGAGGAGAGGGAUAGGGGAGAGGGAUGAAGAGGAGGAGAGAGAGGGGAGGAGAGGGGGAGAGGAGAGGGAUGAAGAGGAGGAGAGAGGGGAGAGGGGGGGGAGAGAGAGGGAGAGGAGAGGAGAGGGAGAGAGAGAUAGAGGGAGCGACCCGGUGCAUUCAGCUGAGUAAAAGGCGGGGGGGGGGCAGUUAUAGUUUUUAAUUAGAGAAUUGUUUGGUGAAAUUCCUAUUCUAAUUACAAUGCUGUUUUUCUCACUCCGCUACAGAAUGUAUUUCUCUGGUUACUCACCUGAAUGCAUCGUGUGUUUUCUUUUUUUUUUCUUCUGAAAUUUGACGAAGGAAGGAAGGAAGGAGGGUUAGGGUUUGGGUGUAAAACAGCGAGGGUAAUUAUUAUUACAAUGAUGAUAAUUAUCAAAGUAAUUAAUAAAAAAACAAAGUGAAAUUUAAUAAAGAAUGGUUUUUAAAAAUC